GAUUAGCAGGAAGAGAGUUGUGUUGACUGUCCUCUGACUGUAAUUCACAUGUUCAGAGGUGUUGAACAACAUGGAGCGACAGUUGCACCGUUUUUGAACGUAGCCCGCAGAAGGUGUUAACAUCCUGGGGAUAAACCCCUCGCAGCGAUGUCGGUAAACCGGUGUGUGUACCUGUUUUCUCGGUUUCAACGCCACAUUGGCACGCGGGCUGCCCGCACCACCGCUGGCAGCUGUCAUGUGUCUUCUGGGUCUGGUUUGUUACAUAAACAACAUCAGGCUGCUUCCGUGGCUUGCAGCAGAAAUGUUUCAUCCAACAGCUCUUCUCCAAAACCUCCGGACACGUCUCUGUUUGUCCCCGUCUCUCUGAAGACCGACUCCUCGGUGGACGGGGGUGUGGGAGCAGAGCUGACCCAGCCGCUCGAUAAAAGUGAACUGCUGAAAGUCCUGAACCGAUUUUAUAAGAGGAAGGAGAUGCAGAAGUUGGCAGCAGAUCAUGGCCUGGAUGCUCGCCUGUUCCACCAGGCCUUCAUUAGUUUCAGGAAGUAUGUCCUGGAAAUGGCAUCACUCCCUGCCGAUCUGCACAUCAUCCUUAGUGACAUCAGCUAUGGAGCAGGUCAUAUAGAUGACGUCUACCCAUACUUUAUGCGUCAUGCCAAGCAAAUCUUUCCAAUGCUGGACUGUAUGGAUGACCUGAGAAAGAUCUCAGACCUCAGAGUCCCUGCUAACUGGUACCCUGAGGCUCGAGCAAUCCAGAGGAAGGUGAUUUUCCAUGCUGGUCCCACUAACAGUGGUAAAACCUACCACGCCAUCCAGCGCUACCUGGCUGCUAAAUCUGGAGUCUACUGUGGCCCCCUGAAACUGCUGGCCCACGAGAUCUUUGAGAAGAGCAACACUGCCGGUGUGACAUGUGACUUGGUUACUGGAGAGGAGAGGACCUUCAUGGACUCGGAGGGUCGAGCAGCUGGUCAUGUGGCCUGCACCAUUGAGAUGUGCAGUGUCACAACGCCUUAUGAGGUGGCUGUAAUCGAUGAAAUUCAAAUGAUCAGAGAUCCUUCCAGAGGCUGGGCCUGGACCAGAGCACUGCUGGGUCUCUGUGCAGAGGAGAUCCAUGUCUGCGGGGAACCUGCAGCCAUAGACUUUAUCAGAGAGCUGAUGUACACCACUGGAGAGGAGGUGGAGGUCCACACCUACAAGCGUUUAACUCCAUUCAAAAUCUUGGACCAUGCUGUGGAGUCAUUAGACAACUUGAGCCCGGGAGACUGUGUUGUCUGCUUCAGUAAAAACGACAUCUACUCCAUCAGCAGGCAGAUUGAGGCCAGAGGACUACAAUGUGCUGUAAUUUAUGGGAGCUUACCUCCAGGCACCAAGCUGUCACAGGCCAAGAAGUUCAAUGACCCCGAUGACCCCUGCAAGAUACUGGUUGCUACAGAUGCUAUUGGAAUGGGCCUUAACCUGAGUAUAAAACGUAUCAUCUUUAACAGUCUGGUGAAGCCUAAUGUUAAUGAGAAAGGGGAGAAACAGAUGGAGACCAUCAGCACAUCACAAGCUCUGCAGAUAGCCGGCCGGGCGGGAAGGUUCUCUUCCAAGUUUAAAGAGGGAGAAGUGACCACCAUGCACAGAGAUGAUCUGCCUGUUCUGAAGGAAAUACUCAGCCACUCCGUAGAACCCAUAGAGACUGCAGGUCUCCAUCCUACAGCAGAGCAGAUAGAGAUGUUUGCCUAUCAUCUACCUGAUGCUACACUGUCAAACCUUGUUGACAUAUUUGUUAGCCUCUCUCGGGUAGACGGUGUGUAUUUUGUCUGCAACAUUGACGACUUCAAGUUUCUGGCUGACAUGAUUCAGCACAUCCCACUCAACCUGAGGUCACGCUACGUCUUCUGUACUGCUCCCAUCAACAAGAAACAACCUUUUGUAUGCACCUCUUUCCUAAAGUUUGCCCGUCAGUUCAGUCGAGAUGAGCCCCUGACAUUUGACUGGGUCUGUCGUCAUGUCAACUGGCCUCUGGCUCCACCCAAAAACAUAAAAGACCUGGUUCACUUGGAAGCUGUUCAUGAUGUGUUAGAUCUUUACCUCUGGUUAAGCUACCGUUUCAUGGACAUGUUUCCAGACACAGCUUUGGUUCGAGAAAUCCAGCGGGAACUUGAUGACAUCAUUCAACAGGGCGUCCGUAAUAUCACACGUCUCAUAAGAGCCACUGACACAACCAUCACUGAUCCACUACAGACACAGGGUAUCAGGCGUGGUAAUAGUGGCACUGCCAGCAGUAAUAAUUUGACUAGCAAAGGUCAAAGGGGACAAAGAGGCUCAGGAGAGUUGAUGGACAGCUCUCUGGCUAGUCGCCUGGUGAGAGACGGGCUGUUGACUCCUGAUUUGCUCCGGCAGCUGCAGAGUGAGUGGUCUAAAGAUCAAAAGCAGGAAUUCACCUAUCAGAGUGCACUCGAUACAGAACAUCCCAAUAAUAACAACAAAGGGAAAAGGAAAAAGAAGAAGAAAUGAAGAGGAAUGUGUUGGUUGCUGCUGUUCUGGUGGAGCUCAAUUACCGAUACAAACCUUGGAUAAUAUCUGGUGGUUUGAUUGAAAUCCAUCACAUUUUGAAGCAGUCAAAAAGGAUCUGCGUACAUUUCCAGCUCUGGAGGGAUCACAAAAGCUUUUAGGUCAAACUAUAAAAAAAAUAAAAACACCAAAAUGUAGUUUGAACGAAAGAGUCAUGUUUGAUUGGACUGAGUUUUACACAAGCGUACUGGGUCAUUCAGUGUUUCCGUGUGAAUUUUAUUUUUAUUUUUUAUUGCUCUAAAGGUUUGUACUGUAUUCUCCCACUUCAGUGGGAGCAUAAAGUACCUCACAGAUUGACCUUGGAAACUAAUUUAAAACGCUCAAAUUAGCUUAACAAAUUAUACUGACCUCACCUGGAUUUGGCUUACAAGAAAUAGACCCAUUGCUGAGGGUUAUUGUGGGUGCGUUCAUGUCCUGCCUGAGCUUCUAGCCCACAGUUCUAUCUUGCAAAUGGAUAAGCCACCUGGUUUACCACAAUGUUUCAGCGCAGAGUCACAGAGUCAUGAAGGCUGUUUCAGAAGCUUUGUGAUCAGAAAACAUUUUAAAAUUUACACUUUGUAUGUUAGUGUUACGCAGGUCUGGAAUCAGUUUACUUUCAAUCUGCUCAGUAUACUCAAAUGUAAAAACUCCGCAUGAAUAUGAUAUAGGGAAAAUUAACUGCAGUUUCUGUAAACAGUUUGAGUAGACUGAAUUGAGCGCAGGCCUGUUAGUAUCUAUAUACCGAUGAGAUACCAUAUUUUUUCUUGUGUAUAUUUAGUUAAUUAAAAAUCUACGUCUUAACUGUCUUGAUUUCAUGUUUAUAUUUUUUUGUGCAGCUCACAACAGGCAGUAACAAGAGACAUCAGGCAAACGCUGGAAUUAAAAAAUAAUUAAGAGUGUGGCAGACGUACCUGCCUGUACAGUACAUAUCAACUUCAUUGCUUUUGUUUUCCUUUAUGUCAUUAAAUCCAUCUUAUUCCACAGUA